AAGUUCGGCCCGGAAAGGGUGGGCUUUGUAAAGAUGGCGGCUCCGGAGGUGCUGGAGUCGGACGUGCCAACUUCGGUAACGCUCUUGAAAAACCUCCAGGAGCAGGUGAUGGCUGUAACUGCACAAAUACAAGCACUGACAAAAAAGGUUCGAGCUGGGACAUACUCUACAGAGAAGGGUCUGAGCUUCUUGGAGGUGAAAGACCAGUUGUUGCUCAUGUACCUGAUGGAUCUGAGCCACCUCAUUCUGGACAAAGCCUCCGGAGGGUCUCUGCGUGGACACCCUGCAGUUUUGAGGCUGGUGGAGAUUCGAACGGUUUUAGAAAAACUUCGUCCCUUGGACCAAAAACUGAAGUAUCAAAUUGACAAACUGGUCAAGACUGCAGUGACGGGCAGCCUCAGCGAGAAUGACCCGCUGCGUUUUAAGCCUCAUCCCAACAAUAUGAUAAGCAAGUUGAGUUCUGAGGAUGAAGAGGAAGAUGAAGGAGAGGAGGGCCAGUCUGAGGCUUCAGGAAAGAAAUCUAUAAAAGGAGCAUCUAAGAAGUAUGUCCCACCACGCUUGGUUCCAGUACAUUACGAUGAGACAGAAGCUGAGCGGGAGCAGAAGCGACUGGAAAAAGCCAAGAGACGGGCACUGAGCAGCUCUGUCAUCAGAGAGCUGAAGGAGCAGUACUCAGAUGCCCCAGAGGAGAUCCGUGACGCCCGGCAUCCGCACGUCACUCGGCAGAGUCAGGAGGACCAGCAUAGGAUUAAUUAUGAAGAGAGCAUGAUGGUGCGGUUAAGUGUUAGCAAGCGAGAAAAAGGACGGCGAAAGCGAGCAAGUGUGAUGAGCUCACAGCUUCACUCCCUCACACACUUCAGCGACAUCAGUGCUUUGACGGGAGGAGCCGCCCAUCUUGAUGAAGACCAGACCCCUGUUAAAAAGCGGAAGAAGAUACCCAAGAAAGGUCGGAAGAAGAAAGGUUUUCGGAGGCGCCGGUGACAUGCUUACACACUUUGUCAUCUGGGGAUGCUUCUAACCUCACUGUAUGUAGAUAUAUCCUUGGGCUCUGUUUGCCUUGGAAAUGUGGAAAUAUCUUUACUAAAUAAAAUUGGUUUUGUUUAUGAAUGAA